UAGACGACUCAAUCUGCAACACUGGUGUGAAAACAAUCCACCUCGACACGGAGAAAGAAAACGACAUUUUAAGGGAUUAUAAGGAAGCUAUGAUUAAUAACAGUCUCUAUCACCUCAUCAGCAGCUUGUCACACGGAGAUUUCACCUUUUAUUAGAUGAAAAUCCGAGUUGUAGCUUAACUGUUAGCUAGCGUCUCUUUUGUUGCCCCAUGUUGUUUUUUUUGACUAGCAAAGAGUGCGCUAAACUGAAGUGCGCUUUUUGUGAUUUAGGAAAAAAAUGAGAGGAUUAAACACGGAGAAAGUUAAGUUUUCCAACUUAACGUAACGCUUGUCCCCCCCUCCCCUCAGCCAUGUUUAGUGCAGCUGCUGGCAAGAUGUCUGUGGAGGCGAGUGAUGUCCAAACAGACGAGGACUGUGAGGAGCUGGUUGAGGAUGGUUUCUCCUUCUCUGCAGAUAUUUUGGAAAAGCAGAGAACAAGGAGGAAGAGAUCUUCGGGCAAACCUCCUUCUUCUCCAAGGUCUCCAUACCUCUCGAGUAUGAAUGUGAACCCAAGGAGAGUAGCAGUGGCGGCCUGGAGACUGCCGAGGGCCUCCUUGGGGGACACCAGAGGGGACACUCCUGGGGACACCGGCUCAGCUCGCCUCACGUCCCUCAGCAACGGCCACGAUCUGUCCCAGAUGCUGAGGGCAGAGUGCGACAUCACACCAGAGCUUCUGAGACAGACUUUGACUGCGAGGAAACACAAACAUCUCCACUCUGCAUCCAAUGGCUUCACAUUAAGCAGCAGUGACUACAGAGAGAAGGAGGACAUGUAUGAUGAGAUCAUACGCCUCAAGAAGUCUCUCCAGGCGCAGAAGUCUGACAACCAGAAGAUGAAAGCCAAACUACGCCGCCUAGAGGGAGAUAACGCUAAAAGAGAGAAACAGCUAGAAGAACUGCUAGAUCCCACUAAAGGAUCUGAUUAUACUCGUAGUUUGGUGGAUAAGAAAAAAGAGGGGAGUGUGGUUCUCAACGGGCUGAAACAGAGAAUCCUGAAGCUGGAGCAGCAGUGUAGAGAGAAAGAAAAUGCCUUGAGUAAACUGCAGAGUGAGCUGAGGACUACUAACCUGGAGGAGCUGAAGAUAACAGUAGAAACCUACUUUGAAGAGAUCCAAAGAUUGAGGAUGCUUCUUGAAGCUGCAGAGAAAAGUAGUCGAGCAGAGAGUAAAUGUUCUCAGAGGCAGCAGAAAGCUCUGAGCUCCACAGUUCUGCGUCUGUCUGACAACCUGAAGCAGCUUCAACAGGAAAACACGACGCUCAGAGAGGAGCUCGACACUGAGAGCCCUGCUGGAGGAGUCAAAGGUUACAGAGAGUGGAGUAAACAAAGACUGCUGAGGAGGCUUUUUGAAGUAGAGAAGAGGCUGGAGGACAGCAGGAAACACGCCCACAAAGCAAAGAGCAAUGGCCGAUUGGACCAGGAGGUUCAGACCACGCCCACCGAGAUUCUGGACGUUGCGCAGGGGUUUGCCAUGGCAACAGAGGCAGUGGUCUCCGUGGGAACCAGCACAGAGGAAGGGGAGGAGGUCGCUGCUCUGAGAGGAAGCCUUAGCCAAUUGGAGACGGAGAAGGCGGAGCUCCAAGAGACGCUGUCAAGUAAAGAUGAUGAAGUGAGACAGCUGAGGACAGAAAAUGAAGAACUAAAGAAAGAGGCUGAGCGAUGGAAGGAUGAGCAGACAAAUGAACGGGACAAAGAGAGACAGCAGCAUGAACAGGAACUAGAGCAGUUGAAGAUGAGGAUUCAGAGUCUGGAGGAGGACAGAAGCAAACUUAAACAGGCUGAGCAGUCUUCUCUCUCUCCCACAACACACGAGAACCUCGAGGACACUCAGGGCGGAGCAGGUCUGGAGAAGGGAGGAGAAGGGGACACUGGAGGGAAGGAGAAGGAGAGAGAGAGGCAAGAAGCCCAUCAGAAGAGUGAGAAUGGCUGUCAGAAAGAGAGACAGAAAGCAGCAAGUAUCAUCCAGACAAAUUGGAGGGAAUACAGAAAUAGGGACAUUGUCUUGUUGCAGUCAGCAUUAAGAGGACAUCUCCUCAGAGAACUGCAACUCAAGGACCUGCAGAAAAAGGCCGUUGAGGCAACAAACUGCAGCAGUGUCGCCCCUCCUGUAGAAGGAGAGCUGGAUGUGGUUGCCUUGAUGAUGAUACAGUCUGCAUUCAGGGGACACCUUGCUCGCUGUAGUCAUGCAAUAGAGAGUUCAGGGUUCUCUGUGCCUUCUCCACUGAAUCUGCCAACGCUGGUACCAAGAAGAGCUCGGUCAACACACACACCCAGCAGAACAGGUGCUGCAUCCCUCCAUAACAGCGGUGAAAAGCAGGGUGAGGAAGAAGACCUCUGGUCCGUCUCGAGUACUCAUGCGUCCAGUGUGACACCGCCAACAGCCCAAACGGAGCUCCAGUUCCCAGCAGAGUCCGGCGGAUCCACUGCAGUCGAUUCUGAUGACUCUGAUGACAUCAUCGUGUCUCCCUCACGUCCCCCGAGAAGAAGAGAAGUCUUAAUCUUAUAGAACGCCUGGGUUGUAUGUGUGUUUCUGUGUGUGUGUGUGUGUGAGAGAGAGAGAGCGUCGCCAGGAAGAAUAUCUGCUUCUGUUUCUACUCAGAGGUUUAAAUCACCGUUUCUUUGUCUUACUGAACCUACAAAAUAUAGCUGGGACGUUCUGUAAGUCAGGAUAUUAUGAAACACUCACAAUAUUUGCUGUCUGCAUAUUUUGCCGUCUGUGUAAGCACUUCUACAGUAAUAACCAGAAUAUUCUGGGAAAUCAGGUGCAGGAUCUUUUGUGACAUGGAAAUACGAGGCACAUAAACACCUCACUUUGAUCGUGGUCUUAUUCAGGAUACCGUCAAAACAAAAAGAUGCAUUCAGUGUCUUAUUUGAGUGAUAAACUGGUUUAGUGUUUAAACGCUUGGCCCUGAGGCGAAAGGAUUAACCGGCAAAGCGAAGGAGAAAGCAGUCGUGUGAUCGUGAAAUCAGCAUCCUCUUUCCUUUUGACCUGUUAUUCUGGUAGUUUAUUAUUCGAGCCAAAUAGCCCUUUUUUCCCAAUUUGUCUUAUUUAUUCUCAGCGGUUGUUUUUGUUUUGCCAAAGUGCCUACUGCAUGGAGAUUCAAAUUUAAUUUAUGGUAAUAAUAAAUGUAUUAAUUUCUGCUAACCUGACUAGUCCAGUUGAGCCACAUCACUGAAAAACCCUCUGGAUUUCACAGGAAAAUGUAAUUAAUGAGUCAUAUGCUGACAUGCCUGAUUUCUAACAGGAAAACAUCCUUACGUCAAUCUAUCAUAUACGCUUAGCAAAUGAUGGCUGAUACUGAGAUAUGAUUCUCAACUGAUGCACUAUUGAGCCAAACUGUGAAUAAAUUAUACAUCAGUCUGCUGCAAUACUGAACACACAGAGUCAGUACAGUGGAGGAAACACGGGGAGUGAUGCCAGUGAUGUGUAAAUGACGACCUUUAGAGAGGUCAACAAAGGACGAGUGCAGUUUUCCCCACAUGAUGUGUGUAACUGAAUUUCUGAGACAUUCAAUAAAAGAAGUUGUUUUUAU